AUGGACAAAGAAAAUUUUCGCUUCUACAUUAAAGUGCGUACUGCGUUUAAUGUUGAAGCAACAACUAUUCACGACGAACUACGUACUGUUUUCGGUGAUGAAGCUCCUUCUUAUCGAACAAUUGCAAGAUGGGCUCAAUGGUUUCGCGAAGGUCGAGAAGAAAUUGAAGAUGAAGAACGAUCCGGAAGACCUGUAGCUGGGAGUACUCCUGAAAAUAUUGAAGAAAUUCGUAGUAUUGUUAGUGAUGAUCCUCAUUUUACAAUAGCAGAAUUACAAGAAUAUACUGAUCUAAGUUAUGGUACCGUUCAUAGAAUAUUAUCUGAUCAUGUGGAACUUAGAAAAAUUACUGCCCGUUACAUACCCAAACAGCUAACGGAUUAUCGACGGAGUGAACGUGUUCGAAUAUGCAAAGAAAAUCUGUCAAGAUUUACAGAAGGAGGAUGGCGUUUGUCUGACGUGGUAACAGGUGAUGAUUCAUGGUUUUUCCAUCAGCAAACUGGUCGAAAAGUUUCCAAUGCUGCUUGGGUGGCAAAAGACGAUCUUCUGCCCACAAUAGUUCGACGAAAUAAGUUUGCUUCAAAAACUCUAUUCUGCAUUUUCUUUAAAUCAACAGGUCCUCUUCUGAUCCAUCGUGUCGAACGUGGACAAAUUAUCAAUCACCAAUAUUACAUCGAAAACUGUUUGCAGCCUGUUAUCGAAGAAAUCAAGAAACAAAGACCUCGUUCAGAUACUCAUGCCAUCAAAUUUCAUCAUGAUAACGGAGGACCACAUUUUCAUAAAGACGUACUCGAUUAUCUUCAUUCAGAAGGAAUUACCGUAGUACCACAACCACCAAAUUCUCCAGAUCUGUCUCCAUGUGAUUUUUGGUUAUUCGACUUGAUCAAACGAAACCUAACUGAUCAAACAGACUCCAAAUCGUUACACAACGCUAUAACGGAGUUCAUGUAUUCUUUAGAUAAAGAAGAGUACAGAAAAACGUUCGAUAAAUGGAUUCAAAGAAUGGAAUUGUGUGUAGAUAAUCAGGGCCAUUACUUUGAACAUUUAAUGAAAUAA